AUGAGGCUCUCACGGGCUGGGCUGCACACUCAAUCAUGGCAUUUGCUCGAGGUUGCAGCCUCCUCUUGCUUCUGCUCUCCUGCCUGGUGUUUUCUAGCUUUUCCUGGAGCCACUCCCGGCCACUUGGGAAACGGAGCCUCCCGGAAACGGUGGUAGAUGGCAUCGAAGUGUACAGCACCAAAAUCCACUGCAGUGUUACCUCCCGCUUUGCCCACAAUACCGUCACCACACGGGCUGUCAACCGGGGAGACAAUGCCAAGGAGGUCUCCUUCGAUGUGGAGCUGCCCAAGACAGCCUUCAUCACCAACUUUACCUUGACCAUUGAUGGUGUCACCUACCCUGGGAAUGUCAAGGAGAAGGAAGUGGCCCAGAAACAGUACGACAGAGCAGUGUCUCAGGGCAAGACAGCUGGCUUGGUCAAGGCCUCUGGGAGGAAGCUGGAGAAGUUCACAGUGUCUGUGAAUGUGGCUGCAGGCAGCAAGGUCACCUUUGAGCUGACCUAUGAGGAGCUGCUGAAGAGACACAAGGGCAAGUAUGAGAUGUACCUGAAGAUCAAGCCCAAGCAACUGGUCAAGCACUUUGAGAUCAAGGCAGACAUCUUUGAGCCCCAAGGCAUCAGCAUGCUGGACGCAGAGGCCUCGUUCAUCACCAAUGACCUCCUGGGAAGUGCCCUCACCAAGUCCUUCUCGGGGAAAAAGGGCCACGUUUCCUUUGAGCCCAGCCUGGACCAGCAGCGCUCGUGCCCAAACUGCACAGACUCGCUCCUCGAUGGAGAUUUCAUCAUCACCUAUGAUGUGAACAGAGAGUCCCCAGCCAACGUGCAGAUAGUCAAUGGCUACUUUGUGCACUUCUUUGCACCUCAAGGCCUUCCAGUGGUGCCUAAGAACGUGGUGUUUGUGAUUGACAUCAGUGGUUCCAUGUCUGGUGUGAAAAUGCAGCAGACAAAGGAGGCCCUUCUCAAAAUCCUAGAGGACAUGAGGCCAGAGGACUACCUGAAUUUCAUCCUGUUCAGUACAAAUGUACAUGUAUGGAAAGACCAUUUAGUUCAAGCCACCCCCGAGAACAUCAAGGAGGCCAGGGACUUUGUGACAAAUAUCAGUCCUCAAGGAAUGACCAAUAUCAAUGAUGGACUGCUGAGAGGCAUCAACAUGGUGAAGAAGGCCCGGGAGGAACACCGUGUCCCUGAGAGGAGCACUUCAAUCGUCAUCAUGCUGACCGACGGCGAAGCCAAUGUUGGUGUAAGCGAACCCAAAUAUAUCCAGGCAAAUGUUCGUGAAGCCAUUGGUGGCGAGUUCCCCUUAUACAACCUGGGCUUUGGCAGAGAUCUGAAUUAUAACUUCUUGGAUAGCUUGGCCCUAGAGAACAAUGGGUUUGCCCGGCGCAUUUAUGAAGAUUCAGAUGCCACCUUGCAGUUACAGGGUUUCUAUGAGGAGGUGGCCAAUCCGUUGCUGACAGGAGUGGAGAUGGAAUACCCCGAGAACGCCAUCCAGGACCUCACCCAGAACACCUACCAGCACUUCUACGAUGGCUCUGAGAUUGUCGUGGCUGGGAAACUGGUGGACAAGGACAUGAACUACUUCAAGGCAGAUGUGAAGGGCCAUGGGGCCCUCAAUGACCUGACCUUCACGGAGGACCUGGACAAGGAGGAGAUGGAGAUAGCCCGGCAGGAGCAGGACUAUAUUUUUGGGGACUACAUUGAGCGACUCUGGGCUUACCUCACCAUUGAGCAGCUGCUGAAUAAACGCAAGAAUGCCCAGGGUGAAGAGAAGGAGAAUUUUACUGCCCAGGCCCUGGACCUAUCCCUCAAGUACCACUUUGUGACGCCACUGACCUCCAUGGUGGUGACCAAGCCAGAGGACAAUGAGGACCAAACGUCUAUUGCUGACAAGCCAGGGGAUGGUGGGUCUGGAGUCAGGGGUGGCCUAAAUAAAGAGACUUGUCUCAACCCACCCUGCUUUGCAUUCACAGACUCAUUCCAGGCUCCUUCGAUGCCCUACUACUAUGUGGAUGGGGACCCCCACUUUAUCAUCCAAGUGCCAGAGAAGAACGAUGCCCUCUGCUUCAACAUCAAUGAAGACCCGGGCACUGUGCUACGCCUCAUUCACGACCCUGUCACAGGUAUAACUGUCCACGGGCAGAUUAUCGGUGACAAGCCAGGCAGCACUGACUCUAAGACCAGGAACACCUACUUUGGCAAACUGGGCAUUGCCAAUGCUCCCAUGGACAUCCGGUUUGAGGUAACCCCAGAACAGAUCAUUCUGUGGAACAGAGAGGACCAUAUCAUCUUCAGCUGGCUGGACACAGUCAUAAUCACCCAGGAAGGGAUGACCAUGGACAUCAAGAAGAAGAAGAACUUGGUCCUGUCCUUUGGAGAUGGGGUCACCUUUGUGGUGGUACUGCACCAAGUAUGGAAGAAACAUCCCGUUCAUCAGGACUUUUUGGGCUUCUAUGUGGUGGACAGUCACCGGAUGUCGAUGGAGACACAAGGACUUCUGGGACAAUUUUUCCACCCCUUUGACUUUGAAGUGUCUGACAUUCGCCCCGGCUUGGACCCUGCCAAGCCUGUGGCCACAAUGGUGGUGAAGAACCAUAUGCUGAAGGUCACCAGGGGCUCCCAGAAAGACUACAGGAAGGAUGUCAGGGUGGGCACGAAGGUGCCCUGCUGGUUCGUCCACAACAAUGGAGAAGGGCUACUGGAUGGCACCCUCAAUGACUACAUUGUCCCCAAUCUGUUCUGAGGGGCAUCUCCGAGCCUACUGGGACACACAGCUGCUCUUCCAGGCAUCUAGAAUGGGCAUAGAAUGGGGAAUUGGGAGAGGUUGUUACAAUAAAGCCUGAGACGUGACCCAUCA